UUUCACCUGAAGGAGAAGCUUCACUCUCUCGAUUGGUGCGACGGCUGUUUUGGAGAUAGCUGCGGAAAUGCCGCCAGCCAAGAAAUCCUUGGCGAAAGAGAUAGCUGUCUCACUCAUGGUGCGAUGUUCUUGCUGUGCCUUUCAGAUAACCAGUAAUGCGGAUUUCCCCCGUUGCCCUUUACGGCUAUGGCCUGCACCGACGAAAUGGCCGAUUGGAAAGCCGCGUUGCGGAUUUAUCUGGGCGAUAACUCGCGAGAUGGAGCGAGACGUGCGUCUGGCGUCACACACGAGAGUUGAUUCUGACGUCUUUCUACGAUGGAUUUCUCGUAGACGAGGAUUGUAUGUGGAAGCAGCAGACGGCUUAUUGAGCUGAAAUCAGCCGGGUGCCACUUUGACACUUCCCAUCUCCAAAAGUGUCCGAUGUCAACGCACAGGAUGAUGCUGAUCGGACUCCUGCUUCAGGUCUUCUCCCACGGUAGCACUCCGGUGUCGGCCUCUUACGACUGUCUGCUGGCAGAGCAGGGCUGUGUCCAAGAGCAGUCAUGCAUGGUCCUCUACCGCCUGCUGGAGUACUGCGCGGCCGAAGAGGCGGUCUCGCCGCUCGGCCCGGACGCCCGCACCGAGUGCCUGGAGGCUCAGAACUCCUUGCAGCGCCAUCGCCCCCUUCAAGUGUGCAAAUGUCAACGUGGCUCUCGAAGGGAGGAACACUGCCUAAGGGUCUACUGGACUGUGAGGUUUGGAGCAUAUGAUGAAUAUGAAGUGUCUCCAUAUGAAGAACUGGAGUUCAGCCUGGUGAGAAAUAUUGAGAUGUCACACAUGGCCUCCAUCAUGGCAGCUUCGUCUGUGUCCAUGGACGGUCACAAUCAGUGUCUCAAGGCGGCCCAAGAUUGCGGUCUGUACGAGAAAUGCGGUUCCCUGCGCUCAGAGUACGUAGUGGCGUGCACCAAACGAGCGACGGCCUCCGACAACGGCUGCAACCGUCAAAAAUGCCACCGGGCCUUGCGGCGCUUCCUGGAGCGUGUCCCGGAGGAGUACAGCUUCGCCCUGCUCUUCUGCCCGUGCUCUGAUACCUUGUGCGGAGAGCGCCGCAGAAAAACCAUCGUGCCAUCUUGUUCCUAUGAAGAGAACACCAAGGGAGAGGACCGAAUGGGCAAGCCCAACUGCCUCAGCUUACAAAACUACUGCUCUCGGGAUGAGCUAUGCAGAUCCCGGUUUGCUGAUUUCCAACACAACUGUCAGCCAGCUCCUCUGUCUGCUUCUGGCUGCAUGCGAGAAAGCAGAGCAAUGUGCCUCAAGGCCUACGCUGGACUCAUAGGCACCAUUAUGACUCCCAACUAUGUGAGCAACAGCAGUACAGAGGUGUCCCAGUGGUGCACUUGCGAUGGCAGCGGCAACGAAUGGCAGGGCUGUCAGCGCAUCCUGCACAUGUUCAAAAACAACAUCUGUCUGCGUGCCGCUAUCAGCUCCAUGGGAAUUUCCGUGGCACCCCCCACCGAGACCAGCCCCGUCCCGGCUCCCGAGCCUUCCCCCAGAGUCGACGAGGAGAGGGUCCACGCCGUCAACUCUCUCCCGGAAUUUACUACCAUUGAGACCAGUGAAGAAGUGGAAGAGCAAGAAGAGGUUAAGAGUGAAGAAUUCAAUAUCAUCCCACCGUAUUCUGAGAAAGACUCCAACAGUGAGUCAAGGGCCACGGAGAGGCAGCGCGGAACGGCUAGCACGGUGGCGCCAGUCUUUCCGCUAUUGCUGCUGUCUAUUUUCGUCCUGGAUUGGGAUUGCUGGAGUAAUUAAAACCUCCAUCGUCUGCUCAUUUCUCUGUCAUUUCCACACUCCGACACAUGCCCACCUUUGAGAGAAGUUGUCAGAAAGAACUGCAAAAGGCGUUCAUCGAAAAAGAAAACUCCUCUCCCUCUUAAGAGUUAAAAGAUAUCAGUAGUGCAGCAGUAUCUGUGUCUUAGCUCCAGUGCAGAUAGCGGUGCAUGGCUGAACUGAGAAGUGCUGUCUGGGCAAAUAGUCCAUCCAGAGACUGCUUCGCACUCAAAAGUACAUCCCCUCUUUUAAC